UAGUAGCUACUUCUGUUGUCUCUAUCUAUGGCGGCUGCUUCUUUAGUCUUUGCCUGGUCUCUGGUGUCGCUCGUUCUUUGGGUUUUUAUGGUAUUGCUGAUGGUCUUGCUGGCGGUGUUGCUGACGGUAUUGCUGACGGUAUUGCUGCUGGUAUUGCUGCUGCUGCUAGUCUGGUCUUUUCUGGUCUGCCAUCUAUGAUGUAUGCUCGUUCUCUCGUCUAUCUCUGA